AGCUGCAGCCUUUAGCACUGCGAGUGGGCACAUUGUGUCCCGAUAUGAGUCUGUGAAAGGCAUUAGUGUGUGUGUUCCUGGUUAGAUAAAUCUCGCUCCCCCUGUCUUCUCUCUCUGCUCUUCAGGGAUUAGGAUGUGCCAAGCCACGUUGGCUCAUGGUGUAAGUUAGAAACGUCCCUAAAAUGGAUCUACAAAGAACUACAGGUGGAUAGCAGGACCACAGUCACUGCCAAAUAUGGGAACCUUGCGUAGGCGUGUGAUGUUCGUGCAUUUUCUCACAUACACAACAGUAAAUCACUUGCAUACCGAAUUUAUCACUCUAAGACAUACGUAUGUACACAUAGAUAGUACACAUACUAUCUGAUGAGGACAGUGUCAUUAUGCUAUCUGAUGGGGAUAAUAUCGCUUGAAUUGAGGCUUUGUUAUGUGCUGCACCACAUGCGAUGUGCAGGUAGCUGAGGCUGGAUAUGAAGGGUUUUUGAAGCUUAUAUUAAUUGUUAAUGAAAUGUGGAGAGAGAUCAGUCAGUGAAUGAACAUGUAUUUGAGGAUGAUAAAAACAACAAACUUCCCUGGAAGAGUAAUUCUCAGCAAUAUCUCUGUUCUGAAUCAAUUGAAAGAAACAAAAGGCACACAAUUUUCUAAGGAUGUUGUUUUCUGCUCUUUAAGAGAGCAAUUUUAUCUGACUGCUCAGGAACAUUUCAUUGGCAGACAAACUAUUUAAAUUAUAUGUUUUAAAACAACAAGUUUUGCUGAAGAUCUUUUCUCACUAGCUGGUCAUGAAAUGCAGCACAUGGAGCAGAAAACCUAAGCCACUAUUUACAAUUUUGGAGGUCAUAUUAUUGUCUUCACAAGGGUGAUGAGGUGUUACGAAAGUACAAUACAAUGGAAAGGUUACCUGAUAAGACCUGGCGCCAUAAUGUGUGGUGUGUUUAUUCUAGUGUCAAGCUGAAUGUUUUAGGGUAGGGUGACCUUAGCUACCUGCAGCUUCUCUUUGUCGGAGACGAGGUGCUCUCUCUCUGUCUCCUGUAAAAAAAAAAAAAUCCAGAGGUAAACAUGUUUAAAUAGUGUUUCCAGACACAAGGGUAACACUAACAGGUAAGGAUUUCACUCACAAUCAUAACAACUGAAUUAAACUUUGACUUUCUUCAAUAAAACAAGCUUAUCUACGAGGACCUAGACAAGACAUGUCGAUAGAGAUACCAAACCACUAUGUUUAUACUAUGCGGUCUGAGAGAUGUGGAGUGUGUAUACGUGUGUGUGUGUGCGUGUUGGUGUUUGUUCCAUAACCUGCAGGCUGCUGAAGGCAGACUGGAAUGCAAAAACAAGAACCUUGGAAUAAAACCAAUAGCUAGGAUCCAUGAGGUGUCACAGAUGACUGCGGUGGAGAGGUGGGAGGACAACGCUAGGUUCCAAGAUGAUGACAACAGUGGAAAAGCCUGUGAAGGAAACCUCCUGUUGGAAGAUGUAGAAUGAUGGCGGUGACAGGAAGACAAUCCCAGGCCUGGAACCACAGAGGCACCUACCUGUCUAGACGCUGAACAGCUGGCUUCGGCUUGAGCUAGCACACUGCAAAAAGCUUCACGAUGUGCUGUGCUUCUUCUCUUUCCUCCGCUCACCUCUCUGAGAUUUUUCAGAAUGUCACCAGAAAAACAUUUCCUGUCCUGACAUCAAGAUAACGGAGGGCUUCAAGUUCGCAUUUGCGUUCCCUGGGGGAAGAGAGAUUUCUGAGAUUUCUGUGUAUGACAACGAGACUCUGAUUGCUCAUGCUGCGCCAAGAAAACAACAGUGUGACCAUCUGCCUGAUGUUGUGAGCAUGGACAAUGGUUCAGUUGUUACAAGACACUGCAGAGACCUAAGAGUACAGUGCAUAGUUUUCGAUGGGCAACAUGUAGCCGAAUACUGUAUGGAAUAUGACACUACUGCAGAGAAAACGAAGACUUCUGAUUUGCAAACACCAUGGGGCCUCAACAUUGGUGUAUCAGUUGCUGUGCUGUGUGCUGUACUGCUCAUUGUGGUGCUUUGGUGGUGUUUCAAAAAAAAGCAGAACUGUGUGGCCUCACUUCUUGGAUUUUUUAGACACCUACUAAGCUGCUCUUGCCACGGAGGAGGAGUUUCCCAGGCAGAGAGGGGAGAAAGAGAAGAAAAUGGAAAUGAUUCAACAGCCAAUGGAAGGACUCCUCAAACCCUUAGUCUGGACCACAGCUUGAACGACGUGGGAAUCGAGCUAACUAAAAACGGAGACUUGAGUGCCCCUGAUGUUAACAGAGCCUCUAAUCAUCGAACCAUGAACAGGAAUGUGAGGGAUGAUCCAGGAGGAGUGAAUGACACCAGAGGACAGUUCACUGUGCGGAGCAGUGAAAGGCACGAAUCACAGGAUCAUGUGAAUGAAGGACAACCGCUGCUGCCAAAUGAGCGAGCUGCCGUCCAAGAUUUUGACAUGACAGCCGUAGCUUUGGUGAACAAACACGGCUUUCACCCAGACCAGGUCAGCAGGUGCUCUACCGUGCUAGACACUGACGUGGAGUCAAUGUCAUCCAACAUGAAGAACCAUAAUAUACAUAAAUAAAUAAAUGUAUAAUAAUAAAUAAUGAUAAUGAUAAUAAUAACAACAAUAAUA